AUGAGGAAAUCAGCCUCAAGAAGUAGCAGCAAAUCGGUUGAUGAAGUCCGCUCUCCUCCGAGUUCUGGCGAAGAUGUGAGGUCUAAAAAGAAGACUGAUGAUCGCGCUAAGGACUCCUCUGAGAAACGUCGAGCAAGAGUGGGUACCAAUUUUUUACACUUUCGCGGAGUCGCUCCAAGUCGCGUAGCCGCAGCCGUGAAAAGAGAAGAAGAGAAAGGAGCCGUGAAAACCGCCAUUCUAGACGCAAAGAUGACAGAAGAGACCGAGACCGCCGAGAAAGGAAGCGAUCUAGAACGAGGAGUAGAAGACCGUUCUCCCGCAAGCCGACGUCGCCGGGAGAAAUCUCCUGAGAAGAAGGAUGAACAGAAAAAAGCUGAAGAAAAGGCGGAAGAAGAGAAGAAGGAAAAGAAAGAACCUUUGGAUUUGCUUAGAACAAGAACUGGGGGAGCUUACAUACCUCCUGCAAAACUUCGUAUGCUGCAAGACCAGAUACAAGACAAGGUUAUCCUUUCCAAGAUUUACGAAAAUUUCUGA